GGCGCCGGAGCCGGUCACAAUCCCUAGCUCUCGAAAAGACCACAAUUGUCAACGGAAUCAUGCGUCUCCUACCGUGCUCAAGUGUGGUUGGACGUCUUUGUGAACGUUAACGCCAUUCCAUCGGCGAAUAUCCCUGACGGAAUGGGUUAAUGUCCCCUACCGCCUGUGUGCAACCGAAGUCCCACUCGGAUCUCGACACGAGGCACGCGGCGCCGUAAAACACGUCACCCUGCUGGCGCCAGCAGCAAGUUGUGAACUCAACCAUCUCCCGACAGAUGUCGCUAUGAACAAAAUCGGCGGUCGCCUGAUGGACGAAGUCAUCCGACCGCUGCGAGAGAUGCAGGUGGAUGAGAGCGAGUAUGCUGCACUCAAGGCCAUCGUUUUCUUCGAUCCAGGUACAAUAUCGGCCAGCAGGGGCUGCGAUGGCGACACGACUCGGAUCGAACAGUACCGGUACCAGAUCCAGCUCAACCUCGAGGACUACAUCACCGACCUGCAGUACAACCAGCGCGGGCGCUUCGGCGCCAUGCUACUCAUUCUGCCCAGCCUGCAGUCGAUAGCGCGAGAAAUGGUGGAGCAGAUCCAGCUGAUGAAACUCUUUGGAGGAGCGCGGGUCGACAACUUGCUUGUCGAAAUGCUGCUUGGAGGUGGUUCCGGGGACGAUUCACCACCGACAGGGACGCCCUCCGCCACGCUGGCCCUCGCCGCGGCCCCGUACCCACCGCCUCCACCGGCCUCUCUACUCAUGUCAACGCCGCCGCCGUCACACUCGUACAUGCCCGGCUACCAGCUGCCCGACCUGCCGCCGCCGCCGCCGCCGGUGACGUCGCACCAGCCGCCGGUGGUGGCGUCACACCUGGGCUCGCCGCCGGCAGUGACGUCACACCUGAGUUCGCCGCCGCCGCCGGUCGCGGUGGUGGCGGGCCGCUGUUCGCCCGUGAUCCAGAGGUGCGACUACGGCGCCGGCUACAAGCGACCCAUGCUGCCCUUCAAGCAGGAGGCGUGCGACGUGGACGCCGAGCCGGCGGCCUCCUACGCCAGCUGACUGCCGUGGCCAGCCGACGUCACGCGGAGGCCGUGACGUCACGAUGGCUGGCGCCGCCUGGUGCGGCUGCUUGAUACUGGGUGGUGACGCUGCCUGUCACGAGACGACAGAAAGUUUCGGGGCCGCCAGCACCAGCGCUGAGGUCCCUACAGUACGAGUUUGUACCAGGACGGAGGCACGCUGAGAGGCAGGCGCGCCGGGCUUAGCUCUUGUCGAGCGCAUCAUGAGCUGGUGUGAUGGUGCCGCCGGCCAAACGCUCCUCAGCCACCUGUGUCGUAUCCGAAGGAAUGCGAAGGACUGCAGUAUAUCUGCUACACAAACUUCAUGCGAAAAGGGCUGAUUUGCGGCACUGGAAAACGCUAGUUUUGGUUGGUGGGCGACGUUAAAUUAACGUAAUUCCCCACUUGUGCAAGCAAGUCCUGUGAACCAUUCAAGUGCGCUGGCUUGUUGGGGUAACGCGCGCCGUUAACGGGAUAUAUGGUAUUUAUGCCAUCGAUAUUCAUCUAAUUUUGUACUUUUGUGAAUACAGAAGCUUUGUAUGUCAUGUGCACGAAGUGUAAGUCAAACAAAUACACUGCAUGUAUUUGGAGAAA